CUAUGUAGCCCAGGCUGGUCUCGAACUCACAGCGAUUGUCCUGCAAAAUCGAGAAUAAGAGGACAGCGUGUUUCGGGAGUGCUUGGUAACAGUGCUAGUUCACCCUACUGAAGGUGGAGGAGACAUAACAAAGCAGCAUUAUUUUACACAUUAUUGGUUUCAUUAAAAGCAUUCCAGAUCUUGGCCGUGCUCUGCAUGUACCACUUCAUUUUUCCUACGGUCUCUCUUUUGCAGAGGUAUCACUUUAAUGCCUGGAACAAUGAGCACGUGACAUCCUGUGUGAAAUGCUCAGCCCUUUCUCUGCUGUCUGUGCCUGGGCUGUGCCACUUCCUGUUUCUCUUCCUGAGUGACAGCAGACUGAACGGGGUGUCAUAAAUAAAGACUGUGGUUCUCAGAAAUUUGGGGCACUGAAGGACAGUGCUGAACAUGGAUGGCACCAAGGAGGAGAAGGUCCCCUGGUCGUGAGCUCCCAGGAGCAGGAGAUGAUCUACCAGGAACUAACCCGGCUGAGUGUAAGAACAGGCGCUCUGGGCCAUUUUCAGGUCGCCGUGGUGCUGCAGCUGCUUUUCCUCUUGCUCUUCAUUGUGACCCUGCUGACAGUCCUCGUCCAAGGUCCCAAGGUCCUGAGCUCCCAGGAGCAGGAGGUGAUCUACCAGGAGCUAACUCGGCUGAGUGCCAGAGUAGACCUCCUGUGCCGCCCCUGCCCCUGGGACUGGACACACUCCCAAGGCAACUGCUACUUCUUCUCCAAGUCCAAGCAGAACUGGAGUGACUCGGUCCCCUCCUGCCAGGAAACAGGUGCUCAACUUGUCAUCAUUCAAAGUGAAGAAGCCUCAAGUACUGGAACCCAAAUCAGCCCGGCAACUAUCACAAUCAUGACUGCGUAGAACUUAAAGGUGAUGGCUGAAAGGAUUAAUUUACAAACGGAAGAGGACCAAGAGAUGGAGGGAUGGGAGGAUGAGGAAAUAAAAAUAAAAAGAAUCAAGAU